UACACAUGUACAAACGUUUAGCCGUAGCUAUGUGAGAUGUAGGCUGCAGCUUAUAUUUUUGUGUGGUGGGAAAAGCAAGUGUCAGUUAAGAAAACGAAAGUAGCGGCGUAAUAUGAAUGACGUCACUUGGUUUAAGCCUAGCUUACACAGCAGUGGAAUUGGUACCAUCUACGCAUGCGGGAACUACUAAAAGGGAUGUGGCAUCAACCCUUCACUUGCCUGACGUAUUAGAAACCAAUGUCGGAACCGCCGUCAAGUUUGAUAUCAGAUCAGACAGGAUAGAACCUCAGAUUGAUGUAGAAUUCAAUGAUGGCGAAAAACUGAUAUUCAAGACAGGCAACCUCUCCCAUUUAGAAAUAUUAGACUAUCUUUAUGAGUAUGUGGAUGAAAAAGAUCCCAAAAAGCAUGAAGGACCCGAAUUGGUUACAAAAAGUUCAAAGGUUGCAAGCAAAAUGAAAGGAAAGAGAAAAUGAAAAUAUUAUAUUUUUGUUGUGUACAAUAGACUUUCAGUUUUUUUUUUUUGUGUAUAUAUAGUGUAGAGAAAAAAUGCAUGCUCAGAUGUGUAUUGAAUCAGGAAAAGGGUGAAGUUGAUGAAUUAGUGUGUUCAAAUGGAUGUGUGGUAAAAAAGAUUUUAUAAUACAUAGUUGUGAUACAUAGCACAUGUCAGAAUAAAUUUGGAACAACUAACUUUGUCUCUGUAUUUGUCAGUGUACUGUAAAAAGCUGGCAUUAGGCG